AUUUGUCAGAUUGUCCAAGAUUGUCACGUUUGUUGUGCGUCAUAGUUGUGCGAGUGCGCGUAAACUGCUAAAUUAAGAGUUAUUGCAAGAUAUAAACUCGAAACCUUAAUCCGCAACAAUGUAUCUGAGAUAUUUCUUAAACGAACAAGGAGAAAGACAGUAUACUCUGGCGACGCUGGACCCUACUGGAAAGCCAACCCUAUCUGCCCACCCAGCACGAUUUUCUCCCGAAGACAAGUAUUCAAGACAAAGGAUUAUAAUCAAGAAGAGAUUUGGCCUCCUUAUAACACAACAACCUGAACCAAUCCACUAAUUUAGCAGUAUAAGUUAGGUUUACAUUAUUCUCAAGCAAUUGUUUACAUGUCCAUUUUAUUUUUCUACAGGGUUCCUUGUUUUGGAAAACUGCAGUGUAAAGUCAAAAUGCAAUUUAUGAUAAGGAAAUAAACUUUUAAAACAAAAA